UUGUUUUUUUAUAAUUUUUCUUAUAUAUCUUUUUUGCAAUUUUUUUCUAUAUUUAGAUUUAGAUUUUUUCUGUAUUUGCAAAAAUACAUCAGUUUUACGUUUUUUUGUGUCUAUAUAUGUGUGUGUGUGUGUGUGUAUAUAUAUAUAUAUAAAGCUCUUUUUUUUAAAUAUUUGGGUUUACAGGGUUACAUUGAUUAUACAUAAAUAAAUAGGUUGUUUGUACUAGUAUUUUUACUUAGUUUAACAGGAAAUGUAUUAAUAUGACGUAUCUCAGGCCUGAACACUUGAUCUGAACGAUUUGAGGCAAAGAACGCUGAAAAACAAAAUCAACUUUUUGAAUAAUUUGCUCAAUCUGCUGAGCAAACUCAACCAAACCGGGUCUGAAAAUAUAAAACCUGGAUCAGACGUGGUGUUUGUAGAUUCCAGAUGUUGGAGGGCUCAGACUGGGACUGAAGCAGAUGUUCGGGGCAUCCCUACAGCAGCACAGCAUGCAGAUAGACCAACUAAUCAGCUGUGCAUGUUAGACUAGCUGAAGGUGUGAAGAUGGUCUGCAGUCAGCUGCUGUUGUGGAAGUUAAUUCUGAUCUGACGAGGCUUUGGCGUUUAUUCCUGCUUCAUGUGCCAAAGCCUCGUUUUUUUAAAAUUUUCAUUCUGCAUUCCCAAAUCCUCACUAACAACACCAGAAGUAAAUGUAGCUUUAAGGCUUCUGCUUGAUGUUGCAGUAAAAACAGAAAAUAAAUGCUUUUUCAACCUCUCCACACAUGACUCUGAUGGAGUGAAUCUCAGUUUAACAGUGGUGUUUCUUUUUGUUGUUGUGUUUUACAGUUCUUUUUCCUGGUUCAGCCAGCCCUAUAUACCAGCCCUGCUGAAAUACCACCAACAGUUUUGUCUUCUGCAGCCUUAUCCUGUUUCUCAAGUGUCCUUUCUGUUGUGUGGAUGUGUGUGUGUGUGUGUGUGUGUGUGUGUGUGUGUGUGCGCGUGCGUGCUCUCUCUUUAUCUCUCUACCUCCUUUAAAAUGUUCAAAUGUCAGGUUUAAAAUUAGCCUGUUUUCAGAUUGCACAGCCAUGGAUGAUCAUCUCCCUUUUGAGUUUUUACUGUUUGGUUCUCUUCAGCUUUGGGCAGAUUUUUUGUGAUUUUUAUUUUUCUUUUAAUCGUGAAUUUUGCUGGCAGUAGGCUAUUAACGCCUCGUUUCCACACAGUUUUGUGUUUGUAUACGAAUCAACUGAAACUGAAAGUUGUGAAGAUCCUCAGUGACUCGUUAUGUAGCAUUAGCUACAACUAUAGGACGAUCCUUAGAGUUAGCAUGCUGUAGGCUAAUGUUAGCAUUAGCUGCAACUAUAGGAGAAUCCUUAAAGUCAGCAUGUUGUAGGCUAAUGUUAGCAUUAGCUACAAUUAUAGAAAAAUCCCUAGAGUUAGCAUGGGUUAGGCUAAUGUUAGCAUUAGCUAAAACUAUAGAAGAAUCCUUAGAGUUACCAUGCUGUAGGCUAAUGUUAGCAUUAGCUACAACUAUAUGAAAAAUCCUUAUAGUUAGCAUGCUGUAGCUAACAUUAGCAUUAGCUACAACGAUAGGAAAAUCCUUAGAGUUAGCAUGUUAUAGGCUAAUGUUAACAUUAACUACAACUAUAGGAGGAUAUUUACAGUUAGCAUGCUGUAUACUGAUGUUAGCAUUAGCUACACCUAUCCGUCUUUUUUCUUUAAAAAAUAAGGACUUUUCUAAGUGACCCCAAGCUUUUGAACGGUAUUAAAUGUGUAAAGAAACUAGUUUAGGCAGUUUAGCUCAUGCUAGCUGUGUAACAUACAGAAAACACAUUCUGUAAAUCUUUAUACGUCCUGGAACUAAAGAUUUCACCAAACUUUCUCCACCCUCCUCACUUAUUCUCUCCAUUUAUUAAUGAUCCUGUUUUAGUGGGAGUAAUGCUCUGUAGAACCUGAUUAGCUCCUCAUUAGCUAUACUCUAAUGCAUUUCCUCACGUCGACCACCAGGGGGUGCAUUGCAAAUAUGAUAUGGAUUAAUGACCAUGAGACAAAACUAUGUGGAAACGAAGUGAAACUGUUUAGUUCAGAUUAUGUUUGAGAUUGUUUAGUGUUUUUUGUGAUUAGAACUUUAUCUGGUGCCUUUUUUAUGGUGGAUUGUAGAAAUAAACCACCGACAAAAGGCCAGAAAAGGUAAAAAAUCAAAGUGACUGAGCCUUUUCUGUUUCUGUAAUGGUUAUGGUAAGUGAUGUUGAAAUGUUCCCUUGUGUCUACUCCCAAAUCAUGAACUUUGUUUUCUGUAUCUCAAUGUUUUUGUGUGCUUUAUAGCGAAGCAGCCGGCACGAGUCGCUUGUUCAUAAAACAUCUAAUGAAAGUUGAGAGCACAUCCCGCGGGACAACUGGCUGUGCUUGCUUACGUUUGGUUCAUGACUUAAAAAACAAGUACAGGAGUCAUUCCUGAUGAAUCUAAAGCUAUGUCGCUGCUGGCUCCAGCCAAUGCUGUGGCAGGAAUGAUGCCUGGGGGAGGCCUCCUUCCAACACCCAAUCCUCUGGCUUCUAUGGGAGGGACACCUUUCGGAGGUCUGGGAGCUCCCAACAUGGAGCAGAUGGCUGCCAUGGGAAUACCAGGACCCAACAUGAACCCCCAGGCUCUUUCUGCAGAUUUCCUGAAGCUCAUGCAGUCCAUGGACCCCAAGUUGAAUCCGUUGGCGGCUGGACUGAACCUGAACCCAGGACUGAAGACCGACGCCUCCAACAAGGAGAUCGAAGAGGCCAUGAAGAGAGUCAGGGAGGCUCAGUCCCUGAUCUCUGCAGCCAUCGAACCUGGAAAUAAGAAAGACGACAAGCGCAAACAUUCCCGCUCUCGUUCGAGGUCACGACGCCGACGCUCCAGAUCCCGCUCACGACACAGACGUUCCAAGAGCAGAUCUCGACGUCGGUCUCAUUCUCGGAGUCGGAGGAGGUCCAAGAGUCCACGGAGGAGGAGAUCUCACUCCAGAGACAGAAACCGUCGCAGCAGAUCCAGGGACAGGAGGAAGGAGGAGAAGUCCAAGAAAAGGUCAAAGACGCCUCCCAAGAGCUACAGCAGCGCCAGGAGGUCCAGGAGCAUCAGCAGGAGACACCGUCGGAGUCGUUCUGCUUCCAGAUCUCCCAGGAGGAGGCUGUCCAGGUCUCCAUCACUCAGACGCCAUAAGAAGGAGAAGAAGAAGGAGAAGGAGCGAGAGAAGGAACGAGAACGAGACCGGAGGGAGGACCGAGACCGAAGCCGAGACGAACGAGAACGAUCGAGCAGCAAGAAGAAGAAAAGCAAAGACAAAGAACGAGAACGAGACAGGAAGUCGGACAGCGAGAAGGGAGACGUGAAGGUGAGUCAGGUGACUCGUGACUACGACGAGGAGGAGCAGGGCUACGACAGCGAGAAGGAGGGAGAGGAAGAGGACGACGAGAGGAAGAGCGACUCGGACUCGGCGUCGUCCCCCAAAGGUCCGGAGGAUCUGGAGCGAGCCGAGAACCCCAAGAAGUCCAAAGUGAACGGAGACGACCACCACCAGGAGGACAUGGAGAUGAGCGACUGAAGGAGAACGUUUUGUAAAGAAUCACCGGUUUUAAAUCGUCAUCGCUGUACUUUUUUAAGAUCUUUCUGUUGCCUUUUUGUUGAGACGUCGUUUCCUGGAGGUAGAACCUGUAAAUACUGCAGUAGUUGGGACUUCCCGUUUUAAUGUCGUGUUUCAUCUUUCAAACUUUCUAAGUGUAGAUCCACCGUGUUGUUGCAGCCAAACAUCGUCUGGAAGCUUUUCCACUGGAAACUAAUAAAACUGGCCUCAAAUGUC